GUGAGAGUCGUAGCAUUAGAAUCUAAAUCAACUAACUAGACCGCAUAGUUUUAUUUGUUUAUACAUAUUCAAAUUGAACACAUUUUGAGUUUUUAAGAUUGUUUGACUUUUUUUAAACAAGACAAGGAUACAGAUUGAAUAUAAGACGUUCGGGUACUAUCAGCAGACAGUGGAUCAAAACAAACACAAUGGGAUCAGCAGCUACAAAAUAUAAUGAAAACGUACAAGUAGCUUCGGUUUUUCUGGCUAUAAGAACCAAGAAGUUUAAAAGAGCUACGGAUUUGUUUUCGAAAGGUAACAUUAUUAAUUGUAUUGACUUUGAAGGGCAUACACCACUUAUUGAAGCCUGCCGUGGUGACAGACACUCCGAAUCUGAAAAGGAAAGAGAACAAUUUGUCAACUUUCUCCUACAGAAUGGAAGCAACAUUUCCAAACCAGAUGUAUACGGAUGGACAGCUGCAAUGUAUGCUGACGAAAAUAAUCAUUACUCCAUAGCUAGGAAAUUGAAUAGCAUUGAAGGCAAAAUAAGUUGCUACAAAAAACGAGCUGAUCCACCAUUCAACUUUGUUCAGAAUGAAGAUGAUGAAAUCAUUGAAGAAGAAUCUGUGUCAGUGUUAAUUCGUUGACCUCAAUUUGUAAAACAUUACCAAACGGACAAUAGUAAUAACAGCCUUUUGUAAGGUAUGAAGCUACAAAAUCUAACCAACACGUAUUGCAUAUGAAAACAAUUGAAAUCAUGCUGUCCUAUAGUCGUAAACUGCUGUUUAUAACAGAGAAGAUACUGAGUAACAACGUUGUAACAAUUCAGGAAUACCCGAUCUUGUGUAUUGGCAAAACUGAAUUGAGAGUGAUAGGCGACAGGAAUCUAGAUCUUAAGUUUCUGAACGUCGUCGUAUAACACGAAGAACAAUGAAUGACAUUAGAGAGUCUCAAUAAACGAUUUAUAUCAGCUGCGC